GGACACCCUGUAUAACUUCACAACCGGUUGUACUCUCCCUUCCAGUUUCCUCGAUAAAUCCAACUUAAUUAUAUGCAAUAUCGUCGAUGUAAAUGAGGGAAAUCGUUUAAAAGAGAUUGCGCUAUGAAACCGACAUCUAAUACUUCGAAGGAUUUCCAUUGCAAUGGAUCAUUGGAAAGGAAAAGUCGCAUUGGUCACCGGAGCUAGUGUCGGCAUCGGCGCAGCGAUCGUGAGAGAGCUUGCGAAAAAUGGCAUGAAAGUGAUUGCCGUCGCGAGGAGACUAGAGAAAUUGCAAGAAUUGGUGGCAAAUAUCAAAGGCGAAUACAAAGCCGAUAUUUAUCCACUGCAAUGCGACGUCCAAAAGGAGGAAGAUAUUCUCAGAGUGUUCAAAUGGGCCAACGAAAACCUCGGCGGUGUUGAUGUGUUAGUGAACAAUGCCGGCGUAGUAUACAAUGACCCGAUUAUAGAGGGAUCAACAAGAAACUAUCGCAAUAUUAUGGAGGUAAACGUGAUAGCGGUGGCGAUUUGUUCACGGGAAUUCGUGAAGUCUAUCAAACAGCGAAAUACAUCGGGUCAUAUCAUUAAUAUCAGCAGUAUGACAGGGCACCGUGCAGAGCUAAUUAAGGUACCGGCAAGUCUCUACUGUUCCAGUAAAUACGCUAUCACUGGCAUGGCAGCAAGCAUACGCAACGAAUUACUUGCCGCAAACCUUGAUGUUAAAGUCACGAACAUCAGUCCCGGUGCGGUGGAGACAAAAAUGCUAUUGACUUGUUAUCCCCAAGCCAAAAGGAUGGGAAACCCAAUGAUGGCAAGCGAGGAUAUUGCAAAAGUAGUAAUCUGUGUCUUGAGCAUGCCACAGCACGUACAGAUAUUGGACAUACUAGUGGAACCACGUACUAGAACAGGUAUUCCAGUGCUAGAUUACACUGAUGAUACUGCGUCUUAACAGUCGCACGAUACCAGUUCAUGCAGAAGACGGAAGCCUAACGUGGAAGACACAAAACUUCAGUUGUCAAUAACGGAGAUCGGAAGGCAUUAUAUAAUAUAUUCAAUUGCACAUACACGCGUAUACAUUUAUAUGUAUGCAUCUAUGGAACAUGUAGCAUGCAUCAAUUAAAUAGUGAACGGUGUUCAGUUAUAUAAUACUAUAUACUAUUAAUAGCAACAGAGCGUAGUCAACUAACCGAACGAGUUUGCUAAUCCUUCAGUAAAAGAUUUCAUCGAGCAAAUCAUUACAUUGCAUUGAUUUUAUCCUUUAUUCCCUUGAUUCAAGGAAAGGGGAGAUAUCCGUAGUCAAGAUCAGAUAAAAUAAAUUAAAAUAGAUUAAAUAAAUUAAAUAAGAAUUAAAAAUAAAUUAAAUAAGAUAAAAUAAAUAAAUUACAUUUGAUUACUAUUAAUUAAAGGUUCUGUUAUAUUUGUAGCCGAAACGUAAAGCGAAAUGUAAUAUCUGAAUAAUAAAUAAAGCCGGAAGGUUUGAGAUUCG